AUGCCUGCUUCGAAACGACCAAAGCGGGAGCAUGACUCAACCGAGUCGGAUUCGGAUUCGGCUGAGGCAGACGAUGGGCAAGACGAUGACGAGGACGAAGAGGACGACGACUCUGAACCGGAGCCGUCCCUGGCCGCUGCGCAGAUCUCCUUCGGUGCGCUCGCCAAAGCCCAAGCCUCACUUCCCAGCACAAAUAAGAAAAAGAAGGGCAGCCGGCAGGCCAAGGCCUCAUCAGACGACGAUCAGAACUCCUCAGACGACUCCGACGGCGCCGGCCGGCGCACAAAAGAAGACCCCUCCAAGGCCCGCCGCCCUCCGAUCCCGUCACGAGCACACAAGCACGCGCCCACGGAGCAGUCCAGCAAGCGCGCCGUCACGCGGAAGCGCGAGGUGGUGCCCCAGACGGUCGUCAAGGCGCGGGACCCGCGGUUCGACCCGACCGCGGGCGCCGUCGACAGCGACAAGUUCCGCAGGGCCUACGGUUUUCUCGACGCGUACCGGGACGACGAGCUCGCGGCGAUGAAGCGCACGCUGCGGGACGCCACGGCGGCCGCGAAGCCCGGCGCCACCAAGCGCAACAAGAAGCUCAAGGACGCCCCCGUCCUGUCCGAGCACGAGCGGGAGAAGCUGAAGCGGGAGAUUGCGUCGAUCGAGUCGCGCAAGGCCGCGCAGGCGGCCAAGGACCGGCACAGGGAGCUGCUCGACCAGCACCGCAAGCAGGAGAAGGAGCUCGUCAAGCAGGGCAAGACGCCGUUCUACCUCAAGAAGGCCGAGCAGAAGAAGCAGGUCCUCGUGGACCGCUUCGCGGGCAUGAAGAAGGGCCAGGUCGACAAGGCCAUCGAGCGCAAGCGCAAGAAGGUCGUUGCCAAGGAGAGGAGGGAUAUGCCCUGGGCUCGCAGGUCGGCUAUGGAAGGGUAG